CCAACCCGCGGCGGUUCGGCUCAGGCGAGUCUGACAACAAGCGUCGUUUGUCAGCUUCUCGCGCCCUCCCCCAUCCAUGGCCCCACCGCGGUGCUGAGGCGGCUUCGCGUUCACGCUCGGCCGGUGGACCGCGCUCAUCCGACUCUCGGAUAUCUCGCCAGAGGCCACAAUGAGCUCGGAAGACGCCGACGAGCCGCGGGACAGGCCCGGCAGCAACAGCAGCCGUAGCAGCAGCAGCAGCAGCAGCAGUGGUGGCGGUGGCGGCGACGACUCCGACAAAGAACCCGACAUGGACGGCUCGGACCACGACGGAGACCUUCCCCGGAGCUGCCCUCAUUCCCCGCCCGCAACGAGCGCGACUUCGGAAGAGCGUCAAGAACCAGCCGCCGCGCCUCGACCGGCAGGUGGCGGCGGCAGCGGAGGUUCGGGCUGCGACACCGGUCGGCCCACAAGUCUGUUCUCCUGGAUUCAGAACAGGUCCAUCAGGCGGGGCGUGUUUGUGGACCCCGUGCGGGACAAUUUUAGGACCAUGACUAGCUUGUACAGUUCCAUGAACCCGGCGGCCGACUCCGUCAACCUGAGCACCAAGACUCACGGUGCCGUAUUCAACCUGGAGUACUCCCCAGACGGCUCUGUCCUGACGGUGGCCUGCGAGCAGACCGAGGUCCUCCUCUUUGAUCCCAUAUCAUCCCGACACAUCAAGACUUUGACGGAGGCCCACGAGGACUGCGUCAACAACAUCAGGUUCCUGGACAACCGAUUGUUCGCCACCUGUUCGGACGACACCACCAUCGCGCUGUGGGACCUGCGCAAGCUCAACUCCAAGGUGUGCUCGCUGCACGGCCACGCCAGCUGGGUGAAGAACAUCGAGUACGACACCAACACGCGCCUGCUGGUCACCUCGGGCUUCGACGGCAACGUCAUCACGUGGGACACCAACAGAUUCACGGAGGACGGCUGCCCGCACAAGAAGUUCUUCCACACGCGCUACCUGAUGCGCAUGCGCCUGACGCCCGACUGCUCCAAGAUGCUGAUCUCCACGUCGUCGGGCUACCUGCUGAUCCUGCACGACCUGGACCUCACGCAGUCGCUGGAGGUGGGCAGCUACCGCAUGCUGCGAGCCCGGCGGACCCCUCUGACUUCAGACGGAGGCGCGCUGGCGUCCCGCUCGGCUGGACCUCGCCACGGAAAUGACUCGGCAAAGUUGCACCCUCACAGAGAAGGCCUUUCUCCCAGGAACAGCCUGGAGGUUCUGACCCCGGAGAUCCCGGGCGAGCGGGACCGGGGGAGCUGCAUCACCUCCUUGCAGCUGCACCCCAAAGGCUGGGCCGCGCUCAUACGCUGCUCCAGCAACAUGGACGACCGCGAGUGGACGUGCGUGUACGAGUUCCAGGAGGGGGCGCCCAGCCGGCCGCUGGUGUCGCCGCGCUGCUCCCUGCGCCUGACGCACUACAUCGAGGAGGCCAACGUGGGCCGAGGCUACAUCAAGGAGCUGUGCUUCAGCCCCGACGGCCGCCUCAUCUGCUCGCCGUACGGCUACGGCGUGCGUCUGCUGGCCUUCGACGAAAGCUGCGGCGAGCUGGCCGACUGCGUGCCGGUGCAGACGGGCUGCCUGCGCGAGGUGCGCGCCAUCUACUCGCACGGCGACGUGGUGCUCACCACCAAGUUCUCGCCCACCCACUGCCAGCUGGCCUCGGGCUGCCUCAGCGGACGGGUGGCGCUCUACCAGCCCAAGUUCUAGCGGAACGCUCGCCCCCCCGCCCCCCCCCAGGUACGCCCGCGUCUUCUAUGCACGGACCCGCACGCCCGCCGGGGACCUUUGGAGUCCAUACCGACCCCUCCCCCCCUGCGAGCGCCGAACGUUUCGUUCCGUCUUAAACGGCAGAUUUACGGUGGAACUUUUGGGCUAGCGUAGCGCUCGGGUGGCUCGUGUGUCCGCUUCCCAGUUCGAAGGGUGGCGAUUGGAAUCUUUUUUUUCGGGGGGGGGGGGGGUCCCCCUCGACAAGCAAUGACUUACAUCUUUCGACUUUAGUGUUCACAAAUUUUUUGUGACCAAAAACACGACUUUAAAAAAAAAUCUGACUUUAAGUUUGCAGUUUUAUGAGGUUUUGUAAACUUUCUUGGAAAAAAACGCAACUUUUUUUCGAGAAAAAAAAAACUUGCAUGCGGAAAGCAGUCCACGUUUUCUCAACAAAACUGCUAAUAUUCCAGCUUUCUUGGAAAAAUUAGUUAAAAAAAAUAGGAAGGACUGUUCCCUCAAAUAGUGCGAACAACACAACUUCAACCUUGAAAAAUUGAUCUUUGAACCUACCGGCAGAUGACAAAAAAAAAAUCAAAAUGUCCCAAAAAAUUACUUUUUUAGAAGAACAAAAAGGUCCAAAUAUUUGAACGUAUUCUUUCAACGUUGCAGCAAAUUUUCUGAAUAAAUGCCAACUACAUUAUUUUUAACAAAAAACUAUAAAAU